UUUAUAACAUACUUUUUUUUUUUUUCAUUUCAGGCAUAGCCAGGAAGCCAUGCAUCGGUUAUAUUGUUAAAUUCAAGAGGGAGCCAGAAGCAGAGUAAGCCCAUGCUAGUUCAUUAUGGCAGGUCUGGAUGACUAUCAAUUUUUCUCCAACCUGCGGGACAGAGACACGCCUUUUUGGCAGAAGUCUUUUGAGGAAAAGGAGCGAUCUGUAGACUCGACAGAUUUCUAUCGCAGGCCCACGGAAUUUCCCCAAACCCUUAUUAAUCCAGCCCAGGGCCCACCUAUAUCCCAGAAGCAAACGAUGUCAAAACCUUUUGACCCAGAUGGUAUAAAGACCUCAGAUGUGCAGUUGGAAAAGUAUGGUGAACUUUCAAUCAGCUUGGUUAGUUUAUGCGCAGAGAACCUCCUAAGCCAUCCUUUUAUUGUGAUACGGAGACAGUGUCAGGUUAAUGUAAAUAGUCAUCGGUACCAUGUUUUGCCCAUAACUCUUAUACCAGCUUUGAUACACAUGCAAGGAUGUCAGGGCCUCUCAGCAUUCUGGAAGGGCUUAGGGUCAGUCCUCACAGUAAGAGGUGUUACAUUGGCUCUAGAAGACUUUAUAUCCAAAUUUACUCCAUGGCCAAAGGAAAUAUCUCCACAUAGCUCUGCAAAAACCAUAGGCCAACAUUUACUCCUAAAGUGUUCAGCAUUAGCUCUUAUCACUCCAUUCUAUAGUGCUAGUUUGGUAGAAACUGUGCAGAGUGAAAUUGCAAGUGAAAAACCAGGUGUUUUUGAUGUAUUUAAAGAAGGACUUACCAGACUUCUUUCCUUCACUCAACCCCAGACAGGGAGAAUGCUUCCAGUUUGGUUACUAAUACUCCCCACCGUCACACAUGGAAUUCUUCAGUAUUUAAUUGGGAAUGCAGUAUCAACAAUAACAUCACAAGCAUUGAGAAGAUAUCACAAACAAGACCAAAAGAAGCAGAAGAAAAAUCGCGAGAAGUCUUUGGACCACAAACAAGUAAAGGGUGCUGUUAGCAAGGAUUCUGGAGCAUUUGCAGAUGCAUCAGUUCGUCUUCAUUCUGCAUUCAUUGGUCAUCUUGCCUCAGAUGUUAUUUUAUACCCACUGGAAACGAUUUUACACAGGCUUCACAUGCAAGGGACGCGCACAAUCAUUGAUAGCUUGGAUGUUGGAUAUGAAGUGAAACCAAUUCUUACGAGGUAUGAGGGGUUCUUUGAUUGUUUACACACCACUCUACAAGAGGAAGGAAUUUUUGGUCUCUUCAAGGGAUUUGGAGCUUUGUGUAUGCAGUAUGCUUUGUAUGGAGCAAUCUUGAAGUUUGCGGAGGUCAUUAUCAGAGAAGUUACCUUUAUCCUUGUCCCCCCAAAACCAAAGCCAAAACCACAGGAUUUAGUGGCUCCCUUGACACCCAGUGCCCCCUAUCCUCCUGCCUCUGCUAUGCAUAAAGGGAUACAAAGUCUUCAUUCGUCACCCCUGAACACCUCCCAGCACAGUUCACCAAGACAGAUGCCUUAUGGAGUCAACAUCACGCCAGCUUCGGGGUCUAGAGGUUCCUCCAGUCAUGCCUCACCAGCUCACAGAUUGCAGAAUGUUGAUCUUAAAGCUGAGAUGGAAAAGCACAAAAUGAAUUUAUCUUUUGAAGACUAAAGACAACAUACAGAUGUAAAUGCAUUCACCCAUUUUGAAUUUUAAUCAGUACAGUAUUUUUAAUUCACAUUAAUUUACAACAAUUUUCAUGAUGCACAACUGCUUUUUCACUAGUUUUUUACUCCAUAUACUUUUCCUUUAACCUUUCCCACAACCAGCUUAAACUAAUGACUCUUAUCUUGAUUCUCAAUACUGAAAGUGAAAGUAUGCACUUCACAAGUUUUCCCCUUCCAAUAUCUAGUUAUAAUUUCUAUAGAGUGAAAAUAAGUUUUUUUUUUUUUUUUUCCUACAAACAACAUACUACAUGCAUUUUACUGCAGCUUUUGUUUUAGUCUGGAACAUCUUAUUUGCGCCAUAUUGCUGCAUGCACAUAAACCACAUGCCGGUAUGCAUUUGCAUCAUACAUAUGUAAAUACGUAUAUAUUUCCAGUAUUGUAAUUUUAUGCCGAUAUGAAUUUUUAGUUUCGUAAUUUUAUGUAGCUAUCUGCUAAUUUUGGACAUGUUACUUGUGUUGAAAAUGUAUUUUAACUUUCCCUUUUGUCUCUAGUAGCAGUUUUGGACUUUAUGAUGUAGACUUUUUGUUGCAUCCUGCUCUUACUUAUACAGAGAAGUAUACAGUAUAUAGUGCUUAACAUGAAACCUUUAUGCUAUUGUUAAUGUUCAUGCAGACGAGAAAGGAUCUUGUAAAACAAUUAUGACAUGAACUGUACUUAUUUUGGAAAUAUUAAAGUACAAUAAAUUU